GAGCCUAAAUGAGCAUGAAGAAACCCCGGCCAUUCGCCGAAUUCGUAACGGUUGUGCAACUUCUACCCCGGCUAAACCGGUUGUAUAUGCCAAUGUAGUCGCUUUUAAGCGAGCUUGUGCUUGUGCCCUACGCUCUGUCGCGUACUUCAAACCCUACUUGAUGGGAUGUUGUGGGCAAAUAAACGCCUUGCUUGAGUAGAUGUUCCUUUGGUAUGAUGGUAAUGACUGCCCUAACCCCUAGUGAAGGCAUAUCGAAGUUAUAGUAAUCUGACUGAAGGAUCAUCUGCCCUUCGGGUUUUAACAGUCCUAGGAUCUUAGACGAGUCCAGCAAGGAUGAGGUUGGUCCUCCUGAGUGCUCUUGCCGGAGCGUGGACAAGUUACACGGCCGCAGAAUCACUGAAGGCUCGUGAAGUGGUCGAUAAUCUACCGAUGGGAUGGAAAUUUGCGAAGGAAGCGAACGCAGAAGAGCCUAUCAAACUAUCGAUCGCACUCAAACAGCCACGGAUAAAUGAACUAAAAGCUAGGCUCGAUCAUAUUAGCAAUAAAAUGAGUGCCGAGUACGGACACCAUCUCACGAGAGACGAAGCUAAGACGUACCAGGAGCCAGACAAGAUAGCGCUAGAACUGGUCCAUUCGUGGCUCGUGUCGAACGGGGUCACUGACACAAUUGUCGAUGGGUCAGUGAUAAAAAUUACCUCGACAGUGGCGGAAGCUAAUAGGAUUUUCGACACCACGCUCGGCUACUAUUCGUUUAAGGAACACUCUCCGGUCUUGCGCGCUCAGUCGUACUCGCUACCCCGUUCCGUUGACGGGGCUAUCGAGUUUAUAUACCCGAUCUCCAACUUCAUGUCUCCAUCACAAUCUAAGCUCAGGACCAAGACUUCUCGGAAGGCCUCUGCAGUCUCAGCCUCCACUGACGAGCAGCCUUGCCCGGCUGGGGUCAAGCCAGCAUGUCUUAAAGAUCUCUAUAAUGUGACGUACGCUAACACCACAACGCCCACCAAAUCUCCCGUCAGGUUUGGCAUUGCCGGAUUUCUCGAGCAGUGGAUCAAGUACGAGGACGUCUCGGAGUUCCUUGCAAGAUACUCACCUGAACUUGGACCCCUGAAUUACACGUUUACUGUAGCGACGUCGAACAACGGCACGAAUCCCCAGCCCAACACUCCGGAUUCCAGGGCGGGAUUAGAGGCCAGCUUAGAUGUAGAGUACGCCAUGGCUCUCGGUUAUCCGACGAACGUAAUAUACUAUUCGACUGGGGGGCGAGGCGAGAAAGUUGAUCCAAACGGCGACCUGCUCCCGUCUAAUCGAAGUGACAAUGAGCCGUACCUAGAGUUCGCACAAUAUCUUUUAGAUCUCAGCGACGAUGAGAUACCUCACAUAAUAAGUAUUUCGUACGCUGACGACGAGCAGUCCGUGCCGAUCUCUUACGCGAUCCGAGUGUGCGAUCUUUUUGCCGUUCUGGCAGCGCGCGGAGUAACGAUCCUCUCCGGGUCGGGAGAUGGCGGCGCUAGCGGGAUCGGGCAGAACCGGUGCUAUAGCAACGACGGCCAGAGACGUAGAAUGUUCCUCCCAACGUUUCCGGCAAGCUGCCCAUACGUCACGGCGGUGGGAGCGACGGGCAACACCCUACCUCUUGAGGGUGCUGACUUUAGCACCGGAGGAUUCAGUAACUAUUUCGCUCGACCAGAGUGGCAGAAAGAGGCGGUAGACGGAUACGUAUCAGCAUUGAUGGCCAACGGGUCGCAUAGAGGACUAUAUAACGACACUGGCCGGGCGUUUCCGGACAUCAGCGCUACCGGAACAAAUUACGUCAUUCAAGUAGGGGGUUAUGAGACGGACGUCCUCGGGACGAGCGCAAGCACCCCGGUGGUCGCGGCACUAAUAGCUCUGGUCAACGAUUCGAGGUUGAAGGCUGGGAAGAACAGCACGGGCUGGCUCAACCCAGUCCUAUAUUCACCGACAGUGAUUGAAGCCUUGCAAGACGUUACCGUAGGCGUAAGCCAGAACUGUUUAUUUGAUGAUGAAAAAGAGCCUGGGUGGGAAAGCGUGAAAGGCUAUGACUGCGUGACGGGUCUUGGUUCUGUUGGUGACUUCCAGAAGCUGAUAGACGUAUUGGGAUGAGUGACGGAUUCAAAAUACUUGGCUGCCGAAGUGUGUUGGUUAUCUGCUGUUCGAAU